AUGGCGAGCAAAACCCCAAACACUGACGAUGUCGUCGUCUGGCUAGAAACUAAAAACGUUGAGCGGAGAGCUACAUACGUCGAUGGCCCGUUUGUAACCACAGAAGAUAGUCUCUCUCAUCUCCGCGACGCACUUGUCAUGCGCGGCUUUAGUAGAGCCAAUUUCCACCAAUUCAAACAAGCACUCCUGGAUACCAAUCAGUCAUUACUCAGAGUCACAAUCAACGAAGUUACAUGUGUAUUGGAGAUCAACAAGGUCAUUGCUGAAGUCAUACGAGCGACCAUAACGGGGUCCCCAAUUGAUCUUUUCACCGUCCGAUGCCCGUUUCUGCCUAAAGAUAUGUCUGUGGACGAAGUCCAUGAAGCUACUCAUUCUAUCACCAUCAGUGGCGGCGAACGUUUCAAUCUUGGAUUCGCGAUAUGGACGUUCUUAACGCUUGACGAGGCUGUCGAGCAUAUGAAUGAACUGCUUCAAAAAGGGUUUGAGAAGGAAGAAUACCAUCAAGCAUGGAAUGAUGGUUACCCACGCGGUACGGGACAAAAACGAGUAGUGCCAAUCAGAGAGGAUCUUGGAGUACUCACUGGGAUAGUAGCGUCGACUUAUACUGGUGUGGGGAUGAAGCUUUGGAAGAUGGCAACGGUGACUAGAAUACCGGUACAGAAGGGGAAGGGACAGGAUGAUUAUGACUUACGCUCGGAGGAGCUUUCUGGUCCUUUACUAUUGAAGUGGCGAAUCACGGACUACAUGCGAUACGCCUCAGCGCUACCUCCUUCCGCCUCCACAUCAGCAAUAUGA